CAUCAGCAGCAGCAGCAGCAGCAGCAGCAGAGAAGGUCUCUCAAAGCAGCCAUCUGAGCCCCAGACGAGAGCAAGAUGACCGGUAAUCAGCGCUACGUGAUCAGCGCCCGGAUUGUUGGAGGACUCCACCGGGAGAAGCCGAAACUCAAGACUUUCAUGGUGUCUGUCCUUUGGUCUGAUGAAUCUGAGGUGAUCAUCUACAGGUCCUUCCAGGAUUUUAAGAAAUUUCAUGGACAACUGAAGAGGAAGUUUCCUAAUUUCAAUCCUUUCCGAAAGAAUGACCGGAUGAUCCCAAAAUUCACUGGAAAAGCGAGGAGGAGCAGUCUAAAGCAGAAAGGAUCCAAGAAGUCUGUGAGGCAGAUGAUGUUUUUGGAGAGCUACUGCGACCGGCUGCUGAAAUGCGACCAGACUGUGACCCUGAGCCCAGAGGUAACCCGGUUCUUCACCCCUAAAGACCACGACCUGCAGACUGACUUCACCAAAAACACCGUCAUGAUCCUGAUGUCUGGUGAUGUGCAGGAUGGAAGAGGAGGAGAGGGCGCUCCCCGCCACCAGCUGGGCAACGUCACCCAUCCGUUUGUCACCCAGACAUACCGCUGCGUGGCUCCCUACGAGACCAAGGAUACAAAGAACCGCCCGUUUAAGGUGGCUGCGGACGAGAAGCUGGACGUCCUGAUCAAAGACCCUGCAGGCUGGUGGCUGGUGGAGAGCGAGGACAAGCGCCUGGCUUGGUUUCCUGCUCCCUUCCUGGAGCUUUCUGAAGGAGAAGAUGAUGAUGAUGAAGAAUUCCUAGGAGGUUCCCUGUACUGUGCUGUGAGGACCUACUCAACCUCAAAGGCUGAUGAAGUUGCUGUGUUCAUCGGCUCUGUGGUGGAGGUGUUGAGGAAGUCUGAUGACGGCUGGUGGCUCAUCAGGUUCAACGGGAAGGUCGGUUAUAUACCUUCCAUGUACCUUCAGCCUUACACCAAUCCACGGGCCGGUCUGCAUGGCUCGCACAGACAUCAUCACAGUUCCUCGCUGAACUUGGCAACGACAAGGGAGUCUCGUCCUUCUCAGUCUGAGAGAAUCAAUGAAGAGAGCAGAUCAGAUCAGGGCUCCAGGCGGCAGUCUGCGGUCCCUGAACGUCUCCCCAGGGCCCAAUCCCUGGAUGUCCUCUCCGAGACCUGGCUGCACAGCCAGACUGAACAGGACACCCCGACGUCCCACAGCACCGACUCCAUCUUCUCCAGCUUCUCCUCCAGCAGCGAGGAGCGGGAAGAGGGACAGGACCACACCAGCGAACCCGACUCACCUCAGACCGAAUCCCCCUCCAGGUCCAGCUCCCCAAGCUCUGGAUCCACUCAGUCCACAGGUAGCGAGACGGCUUCAGUGGCUCCAAAGGUGCCACCUAGACCAAAGACCCAGGAGAUCCUGACCCGCUGCAGCACCAUGACGCGCAAGGCUGCCCUGGCCAAUAAGACACGCCUCCAGGUGGAGGAAGACACCAUUCAUAGCCGCAUGUGAGCGUCGACAUCUUCAACCAAACCCUAAAAGAAUUCUGGGAUAUUUCUCCCUCAUUUAAUCCUUUCAUUAGCAUAAGAACUAUUAUAAAGACUUCUGAGAAUAAUAAAGGAUGAUUUUUUCUGUUCUAUUCAAGUAUUGUAUAAUAUGAACUAUAUACUGAUGUUUUAGUUUUUUUUGUGCAGCAUCAUUUGUCAUUUUAUGUCAAAUUAUAUCCUUGCUGGAUCAGACUAAGAGAAAUGUUAGAAAAUGUUAGAAAUGUUCCUUUGUUCAGCUGUUAAGUUUGUGUAUUUACAGUGUAGCUUCAGUGAAGCAUUAAAGUAGGAACAGGAACAUGAAGGAUUCCCUGUAACUUUAACAAGAGUAGAAAAUACUUAUGUAAACUUUCCUUCUGGUUUUUCUUUUGUCUCUUUGAGGCUGAAGGAAAGGGACAGUUUGUUGAAGCUUUGACUUGUUUCCUGUCUGGUGGCUUCAUCGUUCCACCUUAAAGACUUUAGGAAUCUGUAUUCUGUGUUCAAACAGGAUAGGUGAACCUCUAACAGGAACACUUUCUGAUUGGAUGUACCUGUUUUGUUUUUCUUUGUUAUCACCUUUGUACUUUUUGCUGAUCUUAGGAAAAAAGGUCAAUAAAAAUCUGU